AUGGACUCGUACUCUUCUCACCGAGACGCCUCCGCGCGCUCGCCGGGCGACAGGACGUGGAGCAGUCGCGACGACACGCGCAAGGACGAUCGAGGCGAUUCUUUCUACCGCGGCAGGUCUCCUGCUGCUGUCGACCGAUACGAGCCCAGAGGCCGCGGCCGCGAUGACUAUGCCGGCGGGCGGAGGGAUGACGAUCGCAGGGGGAACAGAGAUGACCGCGGAGACAGACGCAUCAGCUCCCCGCCGUCCAAUAUUGAUCGAUACGUCCCAGGACAAGACAGCGGCCCUGCUCCAAUGACUGUCAACCCCCUCGCGGACCCGGUCAAGCUCCCCUACCAAGUUGGAUUCUCCUACUUUGGCGAGUGGUGGCGCAUGAACGAGAAGAUCAAGGAAGAGAAGGAGCGCCAACGAAGUGGACGUCGACGCGAGCCGGAACGGGUUCGCGGCCCUCGUGAGGCUCAAGAGGAACGCGAGAAAGAGAAGUCCAAGAUUCAGGCCGCGUACGAUGCCUACAAAGAAGAGCUUCAGGCCAAGAUGGCACGCACUUUUGUUGCCGAGCACAAAAAGGAGCAGUGGUUCCGUGAGCGCUACGUCCCUGAGAUUCGCGACGGCUUCAGGUCACAACUUAACGAGUUCCGCCGGGGCGCUUAUGGUCAAUGGGAGCAGGACCUUGAGUCUGGCACGUUCGACGAGUUUUCUCUCGAGGGUCUGCCUAAGAGUGAAAGCAAUGGACUCGGUGGUGUCGUCGAAAAGGAAGAGGGCGAGGCGACAGCUGCGAACGAGAUUCUCGGUGUCGGAGACCUUGUUCCCGCCAAUGGUGCCGAUAUCCGAGAUGAGAACCUUUACCAGCCGACCUUGCUGAUCAAGACCAUCGCGCCUCAUGUCAGUCGCCAGAACCUCGAGACCUUCUGCAAGGAGCAUCUUGGAGAGGACGAGGGUGGCUUCAAGUGGCUCUCACUUUCCGAUCCCAACCCCAGCAAACGGUAUCACCGCAUUGGAUGGGUCAUGCUUCAUCCGUCAUCAGAAGUCGCCCCUGCGGUGGUUGACCGUGCGGACCCCAAGGAUGAGGAUGAGGACAUGCCGUUGAAGUCACCUGCCGUAGUAUCCACCGCUGAGAAAGCUUUGGACGCCAUCAAUGGCAAGACUGUGAAGGACGAAGUCAGAGGCGACUUUGUUUGCCACGUCGGCGUACACAACCCACCCACUCACCCUAGAAAGAAGGCACUUUGGGACCUCUUUUCUGCCCCGGAACGGGUCGAAAAGGAUUUGGGUCUUGUUCAGCGAUUGGUCAACAAGUUCGAAGAGGACUUUGGCUCCGACUUCAACGCUGUUUUGAAGAUUGAGGAGAGGGUUGAUGAUCUUAAAAACGCUGGCCGCCUGCAGCCGACCGUCACCGCCAAGAAGCCCAAGGCCAAGCGGGAGCGCGACCUUGAUGUUGAUGACGGCAUGGAAGACGGUGAAGACGGUGCCAUCGACGACGAUGAGGACGAAGGCGCCGUCGAUGAGGACGAGACCGACGAUGAAGAGUUGCUCGUGAAGAAGAAGCAAUUGGAUCUCAUGAUUGAGUAUCUCAGACGCGUCUUCAACUUUUGCUUCUUCUGUGUAUUUGAGAGUGACUCCAUCCACGAGCUUACCCGCAAGUGUCCCGGUGGCCACUUGCGCCGCCCAAGAAGCACUCUCGGCUCUGCCGCGAAGGCCGUUGCUCGUGCUAGCGCCAACGGCGAGCCUUUCCCUGGCAAGAAGCGCAGUGAGAUCGAAGAAGAAGGCGAGGCUGCCGAUGGUGACAAGAAGUUUCGCAGCGCUACUGGCAAGGCGGAACAACAGCUUCUGCGCGCCUUCAACUGGGUCAAGACCUUCGAGGACAAGAUCAUGCAGAUUUUGGAGCCUGAUACCGUAGACCUUCGCAAACUUGGAGGCCGCUCAGUUGAGGAAGCCGUCAGUGACGAGACGCUCAAGUACGUCAAGCAAGAGGAUGAGCACAAGUGGAGAUGCAAGGUUCCAGAGUGUGUCAAGCUGUUCAAGGAGGAGCACUUCUGGCGGAAGCACGUUGAAAAGCGUCACGCCGAGUGGCUCGAGAGCAUUGAGCAAGAGUUCCAUCUCAUCAAUGCUUAUGUUAUGGAUCCAUCUCAUAUCGCUCCGUCAAGAACGGAUGCCAACUCAAAUGGCCACUUCCCGCCUUCGAAUGGUCAGCCUGCAACCGGAACUCCUAGAGGUUUCAAUUUGCAAAACUUCACCAUGAAUGGUAUGAUGCCGAUUCCCGGAUUCCCUAUGCCUCCUGGCGGCUUCCCUCCAUUCCUGGGUGGGGGACAUCCGGGCGUGCAGUCUGGCUGGAAUGGCGGCGGUGAUGAGCGCAGUGGGCCUGGUCCGAUCCGCCGCGGAGGCAUGGGAGGUGGCCGUGGCAACUACCGAAGCGGUCCCUAUGACCGUCGCCCCAACCCGCGCUGGGACGGCGGCAUGGGUGGAAGAGGCCGUGGGGGCGCCGGAAAAUGGGGAGACGGUGCUGCUGGAGGAGCGGCAGUUGGGCCUCGUGAGGCCACCCAAGGUCGUAGUCUCAAGAGCUACGAAGAUCUCGACCAUGUUGCUGGCGGCGGUGGUGGAGAAUUGAAUUAUUAG